AUGAAUAUGAAAGUAAAUAUAGUCUCGAAGGAGAUGAUCAAACCUACUAGCCCAACUCCAAAUCACCUUUUCUCUUAUCAACUCUCCUUUCUUGAUCAAAUAUCUCCUCCAGUGUACAACCAUUUUGUUAUGUUCUAUAACCAUGAAAAACAUGAUACUAGUAAUGGUGCUGAGCUCAUGAGUAUUGUUGAAAUAUCAAACAAGCUCAAGACAUCCUUGUCUCAUGCACUUACACUAUUUUAUCCACUGGCAGGACGACUCAAGGAGGAUGCUUCUUGCGUAGAAUGCAAUGACAUGGGAGUCCCUUUCAUUGAAGCAAAAGUCAGUUCUCAACUAUCUGACUUCCUAACUCAAAGCCCCAUCAUUCCAAGUGAUCUUAACAAGUUCAUUCCUUUCGAAACCGAUAAGGUGUCCGAAAUACUCUUCGGCAUCCAACUCAACAUCUUUAACUGUGGCUCUAUAGCUAUUGGAUCAUGCAUCUCUCACAAAAUUGCAGAUGGCUUAUCAUUUUUCAUGUUCCUCAAGAAAUGGGCAGCCAUAGCUCGAGGAGAUGAUGAUGAACACAACCAAGCUGCAUGCCGGCCGCAAUUCGAAGCCGCUUCACUCUUUCCUCCCAAGAACAUAUCCGGGUUCAACCCUAGAGUUGGCAUUAAAAAUAAGAGUGAUUUUAUCUCUAAAAGGUUUGUUUUCAAUGCCUCAACUAUACAAAAUCUUAAAGAGAAAUAUGCUGUGAACAAUAAAGGUACUGUUUCUCGUGUUGAGGCUUUGUCAGCUUUCAUAUGGAGUCGUUUUGUGGCUGUUACUCAUGUAGAGUCCAAAACAUCUUAUAAAGCCAUAAUUCAUGCAGUGAAUCUUCGCACUAGGUUUGAGCCACAGCUCUCUGAAUACUCAUUUGGAAAUCUUUACAGAAUUGUAGUAAUUAAUGUUGUUGGAUCAGAAAACAACGACUGUGAGAUUGUAAAACAAAUGAGAGAACAGUUGAGUCAUAUUGAUGACAAGUACCUGAAAAAUCUACAAGAAGGAACCGAACAUUUGGAUUAUAUUAAGAAUGGUGGUAAAGAGUUGUUAAAAAGAGAAACGACUGUUCUUCUUAAUUUCAGUAGUUGGUGUAGAUUUCCUAUUUACGAAUCAAAUUUUGGUUGGGGGAAGCCUGCUUGGGUUGGACUGCCUCCGUUGCCGUUCAACAAUGUGGUUGUGUUUAUAGACACAAAAUCAGGUGAGGGAAUAGAAGCUUAUAUCAACUUACACCAAAAUGACAUGGCUAAGCUUGAAACUGACAAAGAAUUCCUUGCGUUUGUGUCUGUUUGAAAUUUUACUAUUAUGAAGUUAUUUUGCAGUCUAUUAUUAAUUUGUUUCAAGGUUAUUUCGUCAAGUGUUGUACUUAAGUUGCAAAAUCAGUAUGUAUCCCAAUAUAUGUAUAUAUAUAUAUAUGGGUUAAUCAAAAAUAAUUGGCAAUAUAGAUUGUCAUAUAUAUAUAUAAAUAUAUAUAUGCUAUAAUAAGUAUUUCCGUGUCAUAUGUGUAUUUGUCUUUAUUGUAGACAUUGUCCCAUCAAAUGAAUGGUAGAGAAGUGAGCCAUAUAUAAGAAUAUAGACUACUCCAUUCAUUGUCAAUUUGUUUUGAGAUGGAAUCCCAUUAUUCUCAACCGUCUUUAAGAAGAGUGUUAUUGUU